AUGAGACCAAUGUCGCAGAAAUCGCACUUCAAGAAGAUCCAAAACUUCAAAGCUGAUUACGCAGACGCCGAGUUUACCCAGUAUGAGUCGCAGCGAACAGGCCUACGAGUGACGGUGGUCGACCGAAAAGGUCCUAAAGUCUAUGGCUAUUUCGCUGUCGCCACAGAGAUUCAUGAUGACUCAGGGUCUCCGCACACACUUGAACACCUGAUCUUCAUGGGAGGGCGGAAAUAUCCGUACAAGGGCCUGCUGGACAAACUCUCGACCCGAUCCUACUCAGACACCAAUGCCUGGACGGAUGUCUCCGAGACCGUUUACACGCUUUCCUCGGCAGGCUGGGAGAGCUUUGCGCAAAUCCUUCCUGUCUACUUGGACCAUCUGAUACUGCCUACUAACACAGAUGCUGGAUGCUACACUGAGGUGCAUCAUGUUGAUGGCAAGGGUGAAGAUGCAGGCGUCGUUUAUGCUGAAAUGCAAGCACGACAAAACCUGCAAGGCGAUAUGAUGGAUCUCCGCAUGCGUCGUCUAUUGUAUCCGGAGGAUGACGGCUUCCGCGCAGAAACAGGCGGACUGAUGGAAAACCUACGCGUACUAACUGCUGAACGCAUCCGCGAGUUCCACCGAGAGAUGUACCAGCCAAAGAACAUGCGACUGAUUCUCAUUGGUGAGGUAGAUCAUAACAACCUCCUCGACGUUUUGGAUGGAUUUGAGGAUGAUAUUGUCGAUUCUGUACCCUCGUACGACGCACCCUUCAAGCGUCCCUGGGUCGAGUCCAAGCGCACGCCGCCGCUCAGCAAGACGAUAGUGGACACGCUCGAGUUUCCGGAAGAAGACGAGUCUACUGGAGAGGUCCAGGUUGCCUUCCUUGGCCCUCCAUCGACUGAUGACCUGGCUGAGACAGCUGUCAAUACCUUACUCACAUACCUUGCAGGGUCGUCUGUGUCUGUGCUGGUCAACACUUUGGUGGAGAAGGAGCAUCUCGCAAGUGAGGUUUACUAUUUCAUGAAGGACCACUACGACUCGAUCAUCUGGUUCACACUGAGCGCAGUGGAGACAGACCAACUUGAAGCAGCUGAAAAGCGUUUCUUCGAAGUCCUUAGGGAGCACGUAGAUGGUCCUCUUGACAUGAGCUACCUGCGAGACUGCCUCCAUCGCUUCAAGCGACAGGCUCGCUUUACUUCCGAGGUCAGCAACGAGGACUGGAACACUCCCAUUGUCAAGGACCACAUCUUUGGAAACCGCGAUGGCUCCGAUCUGAAGAUUACAAUGGGGGAUCUCAAGGUGUUCGACGAGCUCGAUGGGUGGAGCGAAGAUCAAUGGCGCUCUUUUACCAAGAAGUGGAUAUCGGAUGCCCACCACGUUACUUUGUUCGGCAAGCCUUCAGCAUCUUUGAACGAGAAGAUGAAAGCUGAAGAAGUCGCACGAGUCAAAGCGCAGCAAGAGAAGCUUGGUGAAGAAGGUCUCAAGAAGCUGGCAGAGAAGCUAAAGGAGGCUCAGGAUCAGAACAACAAGCCUAUUCCAGAGGAACUGAUUGCAAGCUUCAAGGUGCCCAGCACUGAUUCGAUCCACUUCUUUGAAACUACCUCAGCACGCUCAGGACUUGCGAAAAAGUUGGGUACGGCCGACACCAAGAUUCAGCAGAUCAUUGAUCGGGACGAGAGCGGGCUGCCGCUUUUCGUCCACUUCGAGCACAUUCCGACUUCUUUUGUGCAUUUUGGCCUGGCUCUAGGGACGUCUAGUCUGCCCACGGAGUUGAAGCCUCUGCUCGGUAUCUAUCUUACCAACUUCUUCGCCACACCUGUCGUAAAAGACGGCAAGCGUAUCGAGUUUGAGGAGGUCAUCACCAAACUUGAGCAAGACACCAUCGAGUACACUCUAGGAAGAGCCACUGAUAUUGGCAAUUCUGAGAUGCUUCACAUUCACUUCGUUGCAGAAGAAGAGAAGUUCGAGACUGUUGUCCAAUGGCUCAAGACACUGCUCGUAGACUCAGUGUUUGACGUUGAGAGGAUCAAGGCUACUGUCAUCAAGAUGCUGGCGAACGUGCCAGACGAAAAGCGUGAUGGCAACGGCAUGGCACUUGCCAUCGACAAGAUGAUCCACUACGACACUACCUCUUCGGUCCGCGCUACAACUACCCUCGUCAAGGCCUUGUACCUGAAGCGUACCCUGAAGCUGCUCAACACCGACCCUCAACAGGUCGUCGACAAGCUUGAGGCCCUGCGAAAGCAUCUCCUCACCUUCUCAAACAUGCGCCUAAUUGUUACAGCGAACCUCGAGACCCUCAAAAACCCGGUUUCCACCUUCAAACAUCUCACAAGCGCCAUCAAGCCAGGCUCGAAUCCUACCGUCAACCCUAUCGAUGAUCGCAACAAGCUCCUCUCUGACAUCGGUCGCAACCCGGGCGGUGCGCACUACAUUGUCACCAUGCCCAUCGACACAUCCUACGGCAUCUUCACCUCCAAGGGUCCUAAGGGGUACACGGCUCCGCAACUACCACCACUCCUGGUCACUCUCGCAAUUCUCGAGGCUGUUGAGGGACCGAUGUGGGUCGCCAUCCGUGGUACGGGUCUUGCUUACGGCACAUCGUUCUACCGCGAUGUAGAGACUGGAAAGUUGAAGUUUGUGGUGUACAACAGCCCGAAUGUAUUCAAGGCAUUCGACGCAGCAAAGACACUGAUUCUGGAGCUUGCAGAUGGCACAAAAUCUUUUGACAAGAUGUCGCUCGAGGGUGCUAUUUCGACCAUCGUCAGGGGCUUUGUAGACGAGCGGGAUACUAUGGUUGAAGCAGCCAAGAGCUCGUUCAUUGAUCUUGUCGUACGCGGCGUCGACAAGGAGUGGCAGGACUGGGUCCUCCGCGAAGUGCGCAAGAUCACCGAGGAGGAUGUCAAGCGCACCUUGAAGGAGGUUGUCUCGGCUAUCUUCGAGCCCGAGAAGGUUGACGUCGUUGUCACAUGUGGCGGCAUCCUGACUGAGAACCUGCAAAAAGAAUUUGAAAAGGCAGGCUUCAAGCCUCAGACUAAGACCCUUGCUGAUUUCUACGAAUCGUACGGUCUCGAAGGUGACGAGGAGGAUGACGACGACGAUGACGAGGAGGACAGCGACGAAGGCUCAGACGACGAGAGUGGUGAUGAGAUGGAAGAGUAG